AUGGACCAAGCCCUAGGCUUUGUUGAUCCUCAAAAUCCUACUUUGGUUUACAAGCUUCAUAAAUCCCUCUAUGAUUUAAAACAAGCUCCCAGAGCUUGGUUUUCCACCUUUUCUUCCUUUUUUCUGUCUCAAGGAUUUCUACAAAACAAGUGUGACUCUUCUUUGUUUGUUCACAAGACCUCUUCCUCUAUUACCUACAUUUUAAUCUAUGUCAAUGACAUUCUUCUCAUUGGGAUUGAUGAAGGUUACAUUCAAUCUUUGUUAUCUCACAUGCAUCAUGCUUUCUCCAUGAAAGAAUUGGGGGAUAUUUCCUACUUUCUUGGCACUUUUGUCCAACCAAUCUCUCAAGGGUUCUUUCUUUCUCAACACAAAUAUGCUUCUGAACUUCUCGUCAAGGCUGGUAUGGUGGAUUGCAAACUAUGUGCUACCCUUGUUUCUCUUAAAAUGAACACUACUGCCGCUGAUUCUUUUCCUUGUUCUCACCCAUUUCUCUGUUGCAGUAUUGUUGGCGCACUUCAGUAUCUCACUAUUACAAGGCAUGAAAUAUCUUAUGUUGUCAAUCAAGCAUGUCAAUACAUGCAUUCCCCAACUGUGGGAAAUUUCUCUGCUAUCAAGCGCAUUCUGCGAUAUAUUAAAGGAACUUUAGCUCAUGCUAUUCAUUUUGUCUCAAGUGACUUUCGUUUACAAGCCUACAGUGACUCUAAUUGGGCUGGUGAUCAAACUGAUCGUCGUUCAACCUUUGGCUAUUGUGUUUAUUUGGGUAAGAAUUUAAUUUCUUGGUCUUCUAAAAAGCAAUCCACUGUUUCACGGUCUUCCACUAAGGCAGAAUAUCAAUCAUUGGCUCAUACAGCUGCUGAGCUCACUUGA